AUGUCAUCUGCACCACCCCAAGGCCCUGGCUCCGGCCACCUGCAGCCUGACCCUCCUUUGGAACCCACUUUGGACAAAACAAAUAAGAUGGCUGAGGUGACUCUGGAUGGCGAGCAGAGCGGCCGCGAUGUGCUUAAACCUCAUGGAACGACCGAUGACACCCAUGACCGGCCCCGCACUCAUUCCCUGGACAGCCCUCCGCUACUCCUGAAAAUGCCGACAGAGAUUAUGUUAGAGGUGCUCUCUUAUCUGUCUCCGAACGAUCUUGCGCGAGCUUCUCAAACUUGCCGAUGUCUCGCUCACUAUGCCUACGACGACCGCCUGUGGGCCGACCUUGUCAAUGAUAACCUUCCGGUCCCGAUCAAAGACCCGGGCCUUUUUCCCUCCUUCCGUCGCUUGUACAGUGCCCACUCGCCAUUCUGGUUUAUCCCAAAAUACAAGAUUUGGUUCGCAGACAAUGAACAUACAGGAAAUUUGAUAUUGGCUCGCUACGAUAACAGACGAGGUGUCAUUGAAGCAUACCGUAUCAUCGCAGAUCGCGGCCGGCCAAUGCUUCGCCUUUGGGCGCAUAACCCAGAAGUCAUGAUCCAAACCUUUGAUCCUCAGGUCCUGCUAUGGCUUGACGACCCGGUCCUCUUUCUCAAAGAUCACGACCCGAAGUCGCAAGUGUGCACUAGCGAAGCUUGGGCGGAAGAACGCCCAAUGCCGAUGCAUUCAGAUUCCAAUCUUGUUCACAGCACACUCAACCUCUGCCGUCAAGUUCCAGCUGGAGUUUCCCAUCCCGACGAACUAUGGCCGCCUGUCACUAUCCCCACACAGAGCCGCGUAGCCCGGCGUCGGCGUCACCAACAAUCCUUCCCCGGCCCCUCGUCCAAGAUUGUAGAUUUCGCUUUCGCUAUUCGACGCUGGCCAAUGGCUGCAUUCGUGUCGGUGGCACUCCACGAUGAAAUCUUUGUAACAUACGCGACCCUUGAUCCAGGGCUGUACACGGCGACGGAAGACAAGCCUUAUCAGGGUAUCUGGGUUGGGGACUACAAUGCCCAUGGGUGUGAAUUCAUUCUCUUCAUUCAACAAGGCACUAGUCUGACGGCGAUUAAACUCACGGGCGAUCCAAACGUCCCCCGCGGAGAGCUCACUUUCAAAGCAGACGAAAUUGGUCCUGAUUCAACCAUUCGCAUCGCGCGAGAGGAACCAUUUGAGGGGGCUCGUGUUGUUCCCUGUCUGGGCCAUGUUGCCGGCCUUGGCUUCCAUGACGAUACAUUCAUCAGCUCCCAGCUCUUCCUUAUCUCCAAAGAUGAAGUGGCGCACUAUUGGCAAGAUCUGGGACAUAUCUCGUAUUUCCGGCGUGUCGAUAUCGACGGCGUUCUUCGGACAUAG